ACUCGGUGACGGAACUGAAUUUGACAAAUGGUAAACAGAAUCGGGAUGUUGAGCCCUGGGGAAGGACGUUCUGGUGCCACAUUGCAUUUAUCAGUCACUGGAUUACUGCCUCACUGACUGCAGUGAUUGAAUUGAGGUGCUGCUCUGAAUAAUACGCAACACCUGUUUGAGACAGCUUUAUAUUUGCACUUGGGUUUUGCCGGAUUCACCUUGCCCAGUGCUGAUACUGAUAGCUGGCAUAGUAAUCGGUUCUCAUUAGGUGCUUGAUUAACAGUGUUGGCUCAUCAACUGACACUCCUGGACGGAGUUCAGGCCUUUGUGGACCAUCUGUUUAUCUACCAUUUCUCUUGGGUCCAGACAGCAGAUGUUCCGUCUGCGGUGCCUUGAGGCUUGUCGAUCCAGUUCUUCCUGCGCCUGCGCACGUAAGGAACCCGUCUGCCUGCUCUGCCCCAACACCUCCUCCGUGUCAGCAAAACUGUGGAGGUGAUGGAGGGUCUGGAGGUUGAGGACAUUAGCCCCGCCCUCGAGGCCACUGAGGAUUACCUGCAUUGCCUCGAUGACAACCAAGGAGAUGGCCAGGUACAUACACAGAAACUUAAAGAGGGGUCUACCUUGGAUAAGCUGAACUCCAGCGGCGUGUGGGGACUACUGACAGGAAAGCAAUCUGAGAUAUCACCUGGCAACAUUGUCUGGGCCGAGCAGACGUCCUUUCACGUGCUGGGCCUAAGACACGGAAAAAGGAACCGGGCACGAUCCACCAAUGAUUUGGCAGCUCAUGCCAAAGAGACAAACUCUACCACCACAACAUCCAGUGGGGGCUUCAAACGUGGCCACAACCGCUCGCGUUCAGACGUCAACAACCGCAGUUACACAGAUAACGGCAUGUCGGCUAUUGACAAAAAUACACUCAAGAACAUGGUGCUGAACGACUACAGGGAUGCUCAUAAGGAGAGCAGCCCUAGCCUUGUGAAGCAGGGAAUGUUGGAGCAGCGAGAGGGACCUUGGGGACGCUGGAGUACAUGUCACGUGGAGCUUACACCCUGCGAGCUACGUCUCUACAGCCUGGACAGCAGCGGUAACCAACAGUUAUGUGCCGCCCUCUCUCUAUCUCACUGCCAAGGGGUGAGCGCACCCCAACCCCAAGAUGGACGCGUGCUCCAAGCCAUCUUCUUCAACAGUACCCGUGUGCAGUUACGUGCACCCUGCCAGUGGGAGGCACUGGAGUGGCGCAGAGACCUCUGGGAACGCGUCUUGGCCGCACGUCCAGCUCAUCGUAAAGGCGAACCGGCUCGUGCCACCUCUCCUACCCCCCACGAUCCCGAUGCAGCAUCUGUGCCAAUCCCUCUGCCGUUGAUUCGUCCCACGGCCCUACCGCUGUUCACCCAGCACUGUGCCGACGUGCUCAAGGCUGGCCUUCUGCACCAACUCACCGACCUCAAUAACUGGAGGGCCUUUACAUUCGUGCUGAGCCGCACAGAACUGCAGGCCUUUCCAACUGAAGGGAGGGGUCCUGUGUCGGAGCCCGUGCUGCAGUACCCGUUGGCUUCCUGUCUGACUGUGCAGAGGGAUGAGGAAGACAGUGGAACCAACUUUCGCUUCCAAGCUGUCUUUCCUGAUGAUGUGCUACGCUUACGGGCGGAGAGCGAGCUCAAAGCCCAGGAUUGGGUGCAGGCCUUGCGCACAGCUGUGACAACUCAGCGACCCCAAAGGGAGAAUAAUCAGUCGGGUCCCACAGGAGUGCUGAUGAGGAAUAAGCCAGCCAGGGAACGGCGACACCGGGAGGCCCAAAGAACAAAACGCCAGUCCGUCACCACAAGCUUUCUCAGCAUCCUUACCUGUCUGGCUAUCGAGAAGGGCCUUACUGCUCAGGGCUUCCGAUGUGCAGGAUGUCAGAGGCCAGUGGGUCUGUCACGUGGGAAGGCCAAAGUUUGCUCUUAUAGCGGCUGGUACUACUGCCCAAGUUGUCACCAGGACAAUCUUUUUCUCAUACCUGCUCGUCUGCUUCAUAACUGGGACACUAACAAACACAAGGUGUCAAAGCAGGCUAAGGAGUUUUUGGAGUUUGUUUACGAGGAGCCAUUGUUAGACAUCCAGCAGUUGAAUCCAUGUCUGUAUGAGCAUUGUGAAGCUCUGGCGGCCGUUCUCAAACUGAGACAGCAGCUUCAGUCUCUCAGGGCUUACCUCUUCAGCUGCCGAGCCACAGUAGCGGAAGACCUCCGUCGCAGGAUCUUUCCAAGGGAAUACCUGUUACAGCAUGUACACCUCUAUUCAUUGGCAGAUUUACAGCAGGUCAUAGAUGGAAAGCUUGCUCCCUUCCUCUCGAAGGUAAUCAAGUUUGCCAGCUCUCACGUGUACAGCUGCAGUCUGUGUCGAGAGAAGGGCUUCAUCUGUGAGCUGUGCCACAACGGCCAGGUCAUCUAUCCCUUCCAGGAGAACACCUCCAAAAGGUGCGAGGGCUGCGGAGCCGUCUUCCAUGCCGAGUGCCGGAUGCGAGCCCAGCCGUGCCCGCGCUGUGUGCGCAGAGAGCUGCACAAGAAACCGGCAUCGUUCUGGAGGAGGCACGCCCCUCACGACAGCCCCGACGAUGAAGUGCUGGGUUACUUUGAGCUGGACACCUGAGAUGGUUCACGAAGAGCACUGCAGCUCUCUGAAGGAGCUCACUACACUGAUAAAGUGCCGCUGUGCGUGUGUGCGUAUCCGCGAAGAACAAGACUCUGCGGUCUCCUGGUGGAAGUGCUCAGUGACAGAGACACAGCAAUGUUUUUUUACUUUCUCUCUCACCUGAGAGAGAUGGACCCAGAGACAAUAAUUCAGCUCCGGAAGAGCAGAGGCUUCAUAAUGAUACCAAUUUACCCUUCCCUUUCAUCUACCAAAUGACAGCCGGGGCCAACCGACAAAUACAGGCGAAGUACGCUCGCACACUCGCACGCAAACACGCUCGCUGACAGACGUAAAAUAAUGCACUUUCUGGCAGACUCACAAUCCGAGAGAGAUGAUUCAAACCAAUUUCUGGACACAAAUAGAGCUUCUAAUCCAUUAAUGGUUCUGACAAAGUGAACGCUGCGAGAUGGACGUCUGGCUGUUGCAUUUGGGUUUCUUCCGUGUUGGAGUUAACCUACGAUGCUGAAGUUCUCAACGUAUGAAGAUAAACAUCCUUAGAAACGCAAUAUCAUCUGCUUAACUACCUGGGACGGGUACAUCUGCUUUCCAGCACAAACUAUUCGUUCCCUUUUACAUGAUCUCAUUCUUGCACUUUUACGUUUUAUGAAGGAAAAAACAGAUACUGGUGUUGAGAGGUAACCUGGUCACGCCUAAAGCUGUUUCACUCUCAAUUUUUUUAUUUUUAUGAUCAUUUUUUUGCACUUUAGGUCACAGUAUGUCACCAUAUGUUUUUAACUGAUGUCACUUUCAGCAUGACUGAUGGUUCGAAGCGCGGUGUAGCGGGAUGUAGGGUUGGUGUUUUUUUUCCCGUCCAGCUGGAGUCGGAGAGUUGCGCGAGUGUUUAUCAACACUCAAUGGCCCUGCCUAUGAGCUGCGGAACCAUGUUGUUCUUGAUAACCGCCUGGACUAUGAUUACAAACUAUCCUUAGCCACCAAGCCCCAAAAUUACAGUCCAGAGUUCUCGGGCUUUGUUUAGCAUUGGUAAGGUCCUUUUAACAAGAACUGUAAAGCAAACCCGACGUGGACGAGCUCAUAAUUCACGUCGUCUAGCUGACCUCUUCUAGUGGGCAAGAAUUGGCAAUAAUCACUUGUUUUGCUUCUGUUGCCUUAUUUGAUGUCCUGUUCUUGAUGUUCGGGUCUGUUAUUCUCCAAAGAAACAAAAUGUGAACAGGUUACAGAUAAUAUUUUAUGUCUGGCCAUGCCCAGCGCCCACAUGUAUUCAGCUGACUGACAUUUUAAUGAGCUUUUUUGUAAUACUUAAAAUCCCUAUUAUAUUUCACUCCUCUGUUACUUUUUAGAUCUUAGAUAUCUUAGAUCACCUUACCAGCACACCAAGGCUACACAUUUAAAGCACUUAGAAGUUCUGCUGGGGCCGAUUGCUUCAAGUUGAUCACAACAAGGACCUUUAGCUCAGAUUUAGUUCUUUCUGACCAACAGUUGUGGCUUCUUAAAGGAACAGUUACCCAAAAAUGAAAAUUCUGUCCUCUCUUGCUCAUCCUCACGUUGUUCCAAAUCUGUAUAAAUUUUUUUGUUCUGAUGAACACAGAGAAAGAUAUUUGGAAAAAUGCUUGUAACCAAACCAGUUGUUGACUAGCAAAAUUGCUUUACACAUUUCUUUGUUCUGUUGAACAAAUAAGAAGAUAUUUUGAAGAAUGUAGGAAAGCAAACAGUUCUGGGGCACUUUUGACUACCAUUGUUAUUUUUCCUACUUUGGUAGUCAAUGGUGGCCAAGAACUGUUUGGUUACAAGCAUUCUUCUGAAUAUCUUUCUUUGUGUUCAUCGAAACAAAUACAUUUAUACAGAUUUGGAACAACUCGAGGGUGAGACAAAUGAUGACAGAUUUUUGGGUAAACUGUCCAUUUGAGCGCAUGAAAGUGGGACUAGGUCAACUUUAACGCACAUAUCAUUUGUUACAGUGUACAUUUUCAUGUUUUUUUUUAGCUUAUGUGUUACUUUGAGACAUUUGCACCAAGAAUACUUCUAGUUUGAGUGAAUUCAGUCUUAGUUUACAUGUGUUUGAUGUGUGUUUGGAGAGUGUAAUGGUGGAUGAAUGAUUGGUAGUUGUUCAGAACGUAUUUAUUAGUCUGUGUCUCUUUGCCUGCCUUAAAUUGAAAGCCAAUGCGUAAGCCUGUUGAUGUUCUUCUAUUAGCAAGCUUUAGUCAUUCAGUUUGUGAGAGGAAAAUGUUUCAGUAUUUAAUCUAAUCAGGAUAUCAGGCUAUAGAAGAUAUCAUAAUAUAAUCGCUUGUUUUGUUUUUAAAGGCUAAGACCUUUACUUACCUUACUAAAAAAAGGAAUAGCCCCAGACUGUGGGUCUUGGAAGCUGGCAGUCUCUUGUUUUCCCGUGAGAGAUCUUGUCAUUUUCUUUUUGAGGCUUGAACUUUGGUAAAUGCAUCAUGUUUUGCAGUUUCUGAGGAAAACAAUGAUCUUAAUGGUGUAUUUGAAAUCUGUUAGCUUUGAGAGUUUGAUGUAUUAUAGAGUUUUAUCACUUGCAUUAUCUGACACUUUAAAUCAGGGACUCUUAACAGAAAAGAGGGAUGAGGGAUGAGAAAAAGGAUCUGAAUUUAAUGUAUUGUUUUGUUUUUGUCAUUUCUGUACACCAAAUUGGUGUUUGUUUUCAUGUAUUUGCUUAAGGUAUUGUACAUUUUUUCAGCCAUCGUGUUGAUCUCGGUUGUAUAUUUGUAUCAUCAGGUUUUUGUUUCAUUGGUAUUUAUUGUAUUUAUAUUCUUCAUUAGAAUUGAACAGUUUAUCAGUUUCUGGAUUGCUCCCUAUAAACUCGCCGCUAUAGACAACCUGUUAUGCAACUACAGACAAUUGUUUUCAGUACUGCUGCGGGUUCCUUGUUUUUUUUUACCACUGAUGCCAAUAAAGUAAAUUACUUAA